AUGACUCAUGUCAAGGCUUAUUAUCGUAAGAUGUCGCUAUACUCUGAGGAUGAGGGUUUUCUGAUGCAUUUCUUCCAGGAUAGCUUGGCUGGAGCUUCCUUGGAAUGGUAUGUUCAACUUGAGCGCACUCAUAUCCAUUCUUGGAGAGAUCUUGUGGAGACUUUCAUUAAGCACUAUCAGUACAAUGUUGAUAUGGCGCUCGAUAGGACUCAGUUGCAGAGUUUGGUUCAAGGGUCUAAAGAAUCUUUCAAAGAGUACGCUCAGAAAUGGCGCGAGUUAGCUGCGAGAGUUCAGCCACCUAUGACUGAGCGCGAGAUGAUAGAUAUGUUCACCAGUACUUUGUCUGGACACUAUUACUUGGCUUGUAGUGCUUCAGCCAACUUUUCUGAGAUGGUGAGAUAUGGCGAACAUGUUGAGAUGGGUCUAAAGAUGGGGAAAAUUCAGUUGGGGGCUUCUUCUAAUACUUCUAGUGGUAAGAAACAAGCUGAGGGUUAUGCCCGAAGGAAGGAAGGAAAUGCGGAUGCCAUAUAUGGAAGAAGGGGUUCAGGGAGAAACAAUUCACAGGUUAAUGCUGUCAUGAUCCCAGUACCGGAGCAACAACAACAACAUCAACAUGGACACCGUUCCAAUAAUGAUCACUAUCCUCCCAGGACUAGGCCUCACAGAAAGAUUGAUCUGAUUCCUAUGACCUAUGCUCAAGGGCUACAAUAUUUGCUCAAGAUUGAGAAGAUUACUUUGAGAGAUGCUCUGAAUGCUCCGGACACACAAUCUCCGAAUUACAAUGUAAACGCACGAUGUGCUUUCCACUCAGGUGUCGCUGGCCAUGAUACAGAAAGGUGCAUUGCGUUGAAGAAUAAAGUCCAUGACUUGUUGGAUCAAAAGAUUAUUCAAUUCACUCCUACACCCAAUGUUGUCAAUAAUCCGAUGCCUGCUCACGGAGGUUCAGGUGUGAAUGCCAUUGAGAGUGAAGAGAUAAGUGUUGUAUCUGACGUGGGCUGUUUGACCUUCCCUCUUGUGUCUGUGAAGCAACAUCUGGUCAAUAGUGGCAUCUUCCCGGGCUGUGGUGUUGAUUGUGAGAAUUGCAAGAGUCAACCCGAAGGCUGUGCUGAUUUGAAAAGUAUGGUACAAAAGCUGAUUGAUGAGGGUCCUCUUCAAUUUUACCAAAGGUUGAGAGAUGCGAAGAGUAAGGAUGGUGAAGUGUAUGUGAUCUCAAUUCCUUAUGAGCCGGUUGCUCCAAUAUGUAUCCAAGUGCCUAUUCAGAUACUUGUCACUAUCCCGUAUGAGGAACAACCAACGGCGUUGAUGAUUACCGUGCCAGGGCCUAUUCCGUAUGAGAGUGAAAAGGCCGUCCCUUGGCAUUAUGGUAAAGGUUUUAUGGCUAAAAUUUAG